GGUCACGUGAUCUUCAAAUACAAGAUGGGGGGAAAAGAAGAUGGCGGAAUGUUGUGAGAGAUGUUCAGGGCACAUCACCUCUCUCCUGCGGCCCCCAAGAUCCGCGGAACUGUAGAUUUUCUAGUCUUGAUGCUUACGUGUGAGGUUGUGGCUACAUGGGUGCGCUUCUGAUCGCCCAGAAGGCCAGGUUUGGGACGGAAAGGCAGUCUGGCGUUGAACACACUACAGUGCAAUACGUACCGUCUCCUUCUGAAGUCAGCCUAAAGCGUGCAGACCGUCCUAAUCCAGGUCCCUCCAACUUCCAAGACUCCCUAGGCGCUUCCAUUAUCAGCCGGAUGAUUGAUGACAGCCCAUAUAUCUUGCAUGUCCCAAAUGUUAUCCUAAAGGGUGUGCAGACUCCCUGUGGAUGAUGCUGCGCUCCUGUUUCUGUGCCCCCCGUGAGAAGGUGGUGAUCAGGGUGUUGGAGUUCCAGCAUGCCAACCUGGAGCACGUCCCGCCCGAGAUCUUCGAGUACACCAAGUCGCUGGAGGAGCUGUACCUGGACUCCAACCAGAUCAGAGACCUGCCCAGGCCCCUGUUUAUGUGCCAUGGGCUGCAGAAGCUGGGCCUGAGUGACAAUGAGCUGCUGAUGCUUCCUCCGGCCGUGGCCAGUCUGGUCAGUCUCACGGAACUGGACAUCAGUAAGAAUGGAAUACGAGAUCUUCCAGAAAGCAUCAAGGCUUGUAAGAACCUUACCUAUGUGGAGGCAAGUGUCAACCCACUGGGCAAGCUCCCAGAUGGUUUCACUCAACUGCUGAACCUGACAGAGCUCUACCUGAACGACACCUUCAUGGACUACCUGCCGGGAAACUUCGGCAGAUUGACCAGGCUGAAGGUUCUGGAGGUGAGAGAGAACCACAUGAAGACACUUCCCAAAUCCAUCAGUCGACUGAUCUUGUUGGAGAGGCUGGACAUGGGGAACAAUGACUUCUCAGAACUGCCAGAGGUGGUGUGCCACAUGUCCAGCCUACAAGAACUAUGGGUAGACAGCAACGCCAUUCACACUUUUCCACAGGCCAUAAGGUACCUGCAGAGACUUAGCUUCCUGGACGCAUCCAAAAACCAGUUAGAAGACCUGCCAGAAGAAGUUGAACACCUGACCAAAAUGACGGACCUCCACCUCUCUACCAACCUCCUACAGGACCUUCCAGCUGGUAUUGGUGCAUUAACUCAAUUGGUGGUCUUGAAGGUCGACGACAACCAACUCCUGUCCCUACCACACUCUAUUGGAGGGCUUGCUUCGCUGCAAGAACUUGAUGUGUCUUACAACGAUUUAGAGCACCUGCCACCAACUAUAGGACUGUUGCGGAGAUUACGAACUCUGAUCGCUGACGAGAACUGCCUCAUGGAGCUACCAGCAGAGCUGGGCAGCUGUAGCAGUAUGACGGUGCUGUCUGUCAGGAGUAACCAGCUGGAGAGACUGCCAGACGAGAUCGGCAGGAUCCCCAACCUCAAGGUCAUUAAUGUCAGUGACAACAGGCUGGAGUUCCUCCCCUUCAACUUCACCAAGCUGAAGAAGCUGUGGGCCCUGUGGCUGGCGGAGAACCAGUCCAAACCUCUCAUCCCUCUCCAGUCCGAGUACAACGCCAGCGUGCAGGGGAGGGUGCUGACCUGCUACCUGCUACCACAGCAGCAAGGACAGGAAGAUGAUCUGUACAUGAGCGACAAAGACAGCUUCCACCCGUCCCUAUGGGAGGAGGAACGACAGCUCCGGCAGACCAUCCAGUUUGAUGUGGUGGAGUCACCAGACAGAGAGCCAGUGGAAAGCCAACUGCGUCGUUGCCCCACCCCCCACAGUCGCGAGCUGCGCAGUAUGAAGUGUAAACUGUUGGUGGAGGACAGCGGAGUGGAGACCCCUCCCAGCGAGGUGGUCAGCACCAGCAGCACUAGCCAGGUCCAGCCAGACGUCAGGAGGCCGUCUGAAGUACGGGUCAAGGAAGCCAAACUGUCCAAACCCAGAUCGCCUCAGACAUCGCCUCUCCUGAGGGAGAGACAUCUUCUGUUCAAAGCUGAUAAGGAGAAGCAGCAGCGAGACAAAGCUCGGAUGCGUCGGCGCAGCGGCAGCAGCAGCAUGGGGAGUGAAGAUGAAGUCAGUCCUUUGGGCAAGAGGACUGUUAGUGACGCAGCCUUCCUGCCCCAAAAUCUGAACGGCCCCCUGCAGUGUAAGGAGAAGCACGCGGAGACGGCUCCCGUCAGGUACCAGGAACGUGCAGUAGACGUGCCGGAUCACGUGCUCCGAACACAACAGGUAAUUUCAGCAGCUCCCCCAUCCUCUGACUUCCCUCCCAGCGAUUACUCCCAGCUGGCGGGCAGAAUGUACGCGGUCCAGCGAGGCGAGAGGGUCAAAGAAAACCGGAAGAGUGCUCCCGUGGAGCAGCUCCUGGAGGACUCCACUGCGCCGGGAAGCCUGGAGGACGGCAAAAUUUUCUCCUCCACUCCAGACUUGUACAGACACUCGCCGCCCUCCCAGCCUAGUGCUGCGGCUGACCAACACGUCACCCAGCCCUCCCAACCUCCUACAGGACAACAGGAACAGUUCCCUACUACAACAACAACAACCAUGUCUAGAGGAGACAGAACAAUGCCCAGGAGCAUCUCACAGGGGAUCCAAACGCAGCAGUACGGCACUCUCCCCGCCAUGAGCAAGUCGGAGAGUACCAAAGACUUCUCCUCGCACGAAUUUGUGUCGUCCACGCCACCGUCCCAGCAGCUACUGGUGACCACAGCCCCCAGUGUCUUAUCACAGCGGUCGCCCGUGCCGAAAAUCCGGCCACAGCCCCCGCCAAGAUCCAUCCUUCUGAGCACCGAACAGGUCAGCAAGCUGCCCAACAGCCAGUCCAAGAGCGAAGAGCUCUCCAAGUCUGUCGUCGGCGACUCGAACAAGAACACGCCUCCACCCGAUGUCAUUCUGUCGGACAGCACGGUGACGAGAAAUGGGAAGGCCGGGACAAACGCUGUAGGCAAAAACACUAACGUCAGCCGCCCGUUGGAGGAAACCCACCCCACCCCACUGUCCCAGGGGCAGCCUGGAGUCUCUACAGCAGCUCAUAGCCAUACACUAGAGAGGCUUUCGCAGCCUGUGAGCAUGUCCGACACACCCAUUAUUCCUGGGAACUUCCAAUCCAUGACUCUACAGAGACCCCGUCCGUCUGUCCCUCCUUCUUAUCAGCAAAGUCUUCGUUACUCCCAAUUGGCCAAACUGGGCUUCCAACCAGGAAAGAGUGCUUUCCGUCUACAGCACAGUAAACUACAGGACGACACCAACAUCCCUCCCUCUGCCAAGGACCCUGCAGUCAGUAAUUACAGUCAGCAGCCACCACCACCCACCAGUCCCCCUUCAUCUCCUAACAGAACAAUGGCAGGAGUGCAACAUGACGCUAUGGCGGAUAAAACAAGUACAACAACCCCAACAACGACUACAACUGGCGGCCAUCGCGUGGUAGUGAACUUGGAGUUGACGCCAGAUGGGAGGGGCACGUCCCAGAUUCCACCGGAGGAAACGCAGCACCAGAAAAACGCAGCCGAGCCGCCCGCGAAGGAACCUGAAGAGUCAGACGACUGGAGACACACGCUUCUGAAGCAGAUCGAAGAUAGUAUCAUGCAGGCCAGGGAAGCUGGAUAUCCAGCUAACAGUUCUGAUGGAGAGUCGGAUAUCGAGAAACAGGGUAAGGAAGAAAAGAGUAAAGAGGUCUACGCUAGUUCAGAAGUACAGGAGGGAGUAGCUGAGGUUAAGGGUCAGGCCGCCACUCCUGAGAGUCUAGCUGAAGACAAUGUGGACUCAAAAGAGAAACAGAACUACGGUUACGACGGAGAUACGGAAAGUAAUCACGACGAGCAGAUGGUGGAUCCGACGAACACUGCGCAACCCGUUCAGCCGUCGGAUCCAAAGUUUGCCACGACAUUCAAGCAGAGGUUAGCGUACUGGCAAACCACUACGACAGGACAGCCAAUCGAGGAAAAAGACGAGGAGAGAAGGGCCCAGCCUGGCUCGAUGCACAUCCCACCCACCUUUUCUACUUUCAAACGGGUGAGCACCAGGCCGUUUUCGUACCUGGACACCGUUGAGCACGAGGGGUCGGACACAUACGCAGGGGGACAGGUGCCGCUGUGCGCCGCAGCUACUCUACCCAGACCCACCCCCACGUACACACAGAGUCAGGGGAACCUGGCACCGCAGACACGGCCCAGGCAGCAGCCCACGGCCAGUAGACCAGGAUCAGGAAAGCGGCCCCCCACCCCUCCGACCCGGGUCAGCAGUGUUCUGACAUCGUCCGUCCAAAGUCUGCCAGUUUCCACCACCUCUACAAUACAGAAGAGUAGCAGCAGUCAGCCCCGACCAAAGUCAACAUCUAACAACUAUUUGACAGUGACCAUUGAGAAGAAACCAGGUUUAGGUUUCAGCAUCGCUGGAGGGAUCGGAUCAUGUGGCAAUCCUUUCAACCCUGAAGAUACUGGAAUUUUUGUAACCAAAAUCCUACCUGGAGGGCCAGCUGACGGCAAGUUGUCACCAGGGGACAAGAUAUUACAGGUGGAGCAGUAUGACUUCACGCAGGUGGAGCAUGACCAGGCUGUGAUGCUGCUGAGAGCCAUGCCGAGAUCAGUCACCCUCGUCAUCGAGAGAAGAUAGAGAAAAAACCCUGCAGUUAACUUUUAAAUGUGGAAAUUGCCAAACUGCAGUAGUAUGAGAUACUCAUAGCUGGGGCUGUGUACCUAAACAAAAUUCAGGUGGCAUGUAGGUCUAGAUCUGUACCUAAACAGUUUUACAGGUGUGUACCAAAACAAAAUUCAGGUACAGGUACACUUGGCACGUAGGUUUGCAUCUGUACCUAAACAGUUUUACAGGUACAGGUACAAGUACAGGUACAGUUAUAGGCGAGGCACACAGCCCUAUAUAUUCAUGGCACAGUUCUUGGAACAUGUUUGGGGUGGUCUCAGAGGUAUGCACAUUAUGAAUUCCAAGCGUUUCCUAUUUGUGUUGGACAUGUCUUUAAGUAAACUUUAGGCACAAAAUGCACAUGUAGUAGCAAACACAUUCAACAUACAAACUCGUGAGACUAUCCCUAACAUUUGUGUCAGGCUUAUCAGAGUUUUCAGUUCUGCAAUGCUUGCUUAACCUUAUGCAAUCUAAGGGUGUUGUAUGGUGCUCUUUUUUACAUUUCAGUGCAACAAUUUGACUUCUGUGAUGGUUUAUUAAGGACUCAGAUCCCUCCUUAUACCUACCUCAUCUGCCAACUGCUCUGUUUAUUUGACUUCUGUGAGGUGAAAUGCAAUACAGAGUUUUAUUAGUCAAACAUCCAUCUUCAAAAAUGUUGUGGUCUUCCCUCUUCUUACAUUUUAAAGCUUGCCAGUAUUAGUUACAGUACUAUUUACUUCCUUAUAGACCUGUGUCGACCCAAGCCCUUAUAAAGAAUGAAGAGACAGAAAACCAGUGAAGCUGGAUUCUAUUAAAACUGCAUGUAAUAAACACAGUGGCAUGAAAUCCAACAGCCAAAUGAUAAGAUCAUGGUGUGUCACUCACUAUUUCUUCCAGGCAAAACGAGCACAAGCCAAAACAACUUGCCAACAAACUCUCUCUGUGCCAAUAACAUUUAUUCUAAAGAUGAUUGUAUAAUGAAAUUGCAUGUUGUAGAUUUGCUAUACCACAGUAUCAAUACUAAAGGCCAGCUCCUAAAGUGACAAAACAUUAUUUAAGAAGUACUCAUUUUAGUAUUUGUGCAGUAACUGUUGUUUGAGGAAAUAUUGUGAAAUAGAAAAGAAAGGCACCGCCCCUACCCAUAUCCCCUUGGUGCCAUCAACAUAGGCCAUACGUACCCAGGCCAUGUUCUUUCAGUCUACAAAAUUUUGCAAUAAAGAAAACGGCAAUUUUCAC